AAAUACUAUUUUUUCAGAAAAAAAAUCUCAAAUUUAAUUUGUCUUUCUUUCCCUCGUGUAUUUACAAAAAUGGAUGUGUAGAUGAACAAAUAAGAGGGGAGAAUAAAGGGAGGGGGAGAGGAUAAGGCUAAUAAGCUUCUGUAUUUGUGGGCAAAAAUGGAGCUUGCCAUCCAUAACCACUCAUUUUCGAUUGUUCCUCUGUACAAAGGACCCAAGGGCUUGAAGUUGCAUGGUCUCAGAAGGAACACCUUGAGAAUAUCUUCUGCACUUCCAGAAACAGUGUUGUCUAUAACUAUAGCAACUGCUGUUGUUGGUGCAGCAGCUACUGUUCUUGUUAAAAGAACCCAACAGUCUGAAAAAAGUCAGACUCUGGUAAAAACUUGCGAAGAUUGUGGCGGUUCUGGUAUAUGCUCAGAGUGCAAAGGAGAAGGAUUUGUGCUUCAGAAACUGUCUGAAGCAAACGCUGAAAGGGCUCGGAUGAUAUCUAAAACUGCAGCAACACGCUAUACAGCUGGGCUUCCUCGGAAAUGGAGCUACUGUACGAAGUGUUCAUCAGGUCGUUCCUGUAGUACCUGCAGCGGCAGUGGAAAACUGAGUUUGUAAUUGUUCGCAACAUCUUGGCUUUGAUUACUUAAGUCGAUGUUUGGUUCCUAUCCAUCUAGUGUGUCUUUUGUUCCCGCGUCUUCUUGGUUCUAUCAUGCCUAGAUCGUUGUAACUACAUCUUUUUUGUUAGUUGGUUUCAGUCGAAAAAAUGAUCGAGUUUGAAAGAUUUCGAGGUUGUUGGCUGUAUGCCCGUAUCUUUUGAGUUCGUCCUUGUGAAUGUGCAAAAAAAUUUGUCAAAAUUGCUAAUUUGAGUGCACUAUUGGUUAAAAAUUUGAUGUAGAAAUAUUGAUUUACAUGUUUAUAAAAGGUGAGUUGUAGAUUUACAACAUACCAUUUGAAAUGUCAAAAA